UCAACCCUAUCAUGUAUUCCAAGAUUUUGAUCUUCCUGUGCGCCGCGGGCAUUGCUUCCGCUGGUAACUUAUAUGCCGCAGCCCCAGCUGUGGCUUACAGUUCCCCGGCUACUUCGGUAUCCUACACCACACACACCACAACAUCUCACGGUGGUCCCGUGGCUGGAUACGCAGCGGCCCCAGUGGCCACCUACGCCGCAGCUCCGGUAGCUUCUUACGCUGCACCUGUAGCCACAUAUGCGAGAUCCUACGCUGCCCCAGCUGUAGCCGCCUACUCCGCACCCGCAGCUAGUGUUUCAUACCAGUCAGUGCAGUCUCACGUAGCGCCUGUCUCUUAUGCCGCAGCCGCUCCCGUGGUAGCCAGAACAUACGCAGCACCAAUUGCCAGGACGUAUGCCGCUGCCCCAGUUUACGCGAGGACCUAUGCCGCUGCUGCACCUCUUGUGGCUAGAACUUAUGCUGCUCCUGCUCUUGCGUCGUAUGCUGCACCAGUGGCCCGCAUCGCUGCUCCUUCAGUGUCGUACGCUUCUGUAGCCACCCAAACUUCUCCCAUCGCUACUUACGCUGCUGCCCCAGCUUACUCUUCCUACGCUGCUGCCCCAUCUUACUCCACCUAUGCUGCCGCUCCGGCUUACUCCACCUAUGCUGCCGCCCCAGCUUACUCCACCUAUGCUGCCGCCCCAGCUUACUCCACGUACGCCGCAGCGCCAGCAGUAGCUUACGGAGGCUACGGAGGUCUGGGAGCCCACGGCUGGUAAACCACCAAAGCAUUUUAUUAUGUACAUAAAUUAUCUAAUCAC